CGCCCCCUUUCUACACUGUGGCCAAUCAAUGCGCCGGGGUAAAACGCACGCGCUUCUUCUGCAGCCAAUUGCGGCUCCCCGUUUUUGCGCGUCAUCGCAGGAAUCAUGGCGGCACACAUAACCAGAGCAGUGAAACGACUUCUCCCACAGGAGGGUGGCUGGCUCCAGCCUGCAGCCUGCCAGUUGUAUGCCAGUGCGUGGCAUCGUAACCAUCACUCUGCAGGCCCCUCGCUGCGCUACGUACCCCGCAGGGCAGUUCUCUACUGCCCUGGCAAUGAUGAGCGAAAAUUGAGGAAACUGGCCUCGCUGGAUGUCGACUGUGCCGUCUUGGACUGUGAGGAUGGCGUUGCCCUCACCAAAAAGACAGAGGCCAGGGAGACUAUCACCAGAAUGUUACCGCAUCUGGAUCUGGGCCGGACUGAAAAGUGUGUGAGGGUCAACUCCGUGUCCAGUGGCUUAGCUGAGGCCGACCUGCAGGCAAUCCUGCAGGCUGAAGUUCUCCCUCCUGCCCUUAUGUUGCCCAAAGUGGAGGACACAGAGGAGGUGAAAUGGUUUGUUGACAGGUUUCAGCACAACUUGAAAGGACGGCCAGUGACAGAACGCGUUCGCCUGGUCACCUUUGUGGAAACCGCCAUGGGCCUGCUCAAUUUUAAGGCCGUGUGUGAGGAAAUCCGUCUACUAGCGCCCAAGGCUGGUCUUCAGCAUGAUGGCGUGGUGUUUGGCUCGGACGACUUCUGUGCAAGCAUAGGCGCCACAAGGACUAAAGAUGCCAGGGAGCUUCUGUAUGCGAGGCAGAAGGUAGUCGUGACCACCAAAGCGUUCGGGCUGCAAGCUAUCGACCUGGUGCACAUCGACUACAAGGAUGUGGAGGGGCUGAGGCGGCAGGCCAGAGAGGGUGCUCUCAUGGGCUUCACAGGUAAGCAGGUGAUCCACCCGGGGCAGAUUCAGGCUGUGCAGGAAGAGUUCUCCCCCAGUCGCGAGAGGGUCCAGUGGGCCAGAGAGCUCAUUUCUGCUUUUGACCAGCAUCAAAAGGAGGGAAAGGGUGCGUUCACCUUCCGUGGCAGCAUGAUUGACAUGCCCUCGCUGAAGCAGGCACAGAACAUCAUAACACUCUCCGCCGUGGUGCCCAAGAAAUAAGACAAAUCCGGAGAAGAAGCGGGAGAAACCCCUCGAUUAAACUCCGAGAGGAGCGAUCAAAGGAACUGAAAGUGUUGCAGAAAAUAGAUUUUGAACUGUGAAAAUACCUUUCAUUUUAAAUUAAUUAUUUAACAAUUGUUGAAACAUUUAUUAAUGAAUGAAUUGUUCUGAUGUUCGGAUGCAAACUCUGCACAUGCCGGGAAUCGCCAACUAGCUUUUGGGUCAUUAUCCAGUGUCGGCACGCUCCGUGGUGCCGUGUGCGCCGUCCCUCCCGUCUCUCCUAGGUCAUGAUGAAUGCUCUCCCAUCUCCACAGUCGAGACCGCUGGGUGAAAGGGUAAACAAACACAACGAGCCGCUGUUGUGGAUCUAUUCUCUGGGCCCCCGUGUUCCAGUCCGGCCUCAGCCCCCUGCCCAAGGCCUGACUGGCAAACAUCAAAGCUCGGUGCACGAGAGACACCACAGAUGGGAAUUCAUACAGUGACUGAGUCUGCCUCUUUAGUACAUGCUGCCCACUUUAACCCUGUUGAAGGUAUCACCUCAAAAGAUCCGCUACACUAAGACGUCUGCAGCGUUGCUUAGCUUGUAUUCAUACAUCAGCAUCCGCAAACACCACUUCAUUCUGCAUUUGUUAUUUUAUUUUACUGUGAUCGGCGCUCCUUGUCCCAGAAAUUAGCUCCGUAAAGUCGUUUGCCGUCACAAAUAAAAGUACAAUGAGCUUCUGUAGAGCACUUGUGCGCGUCUCGUUUCCAGAGACAGUGAAGGGGGCGUGUUGCUGGAGUUCGACAGAUUAGUGGCCAUGUUGCUCCAGCAGACCAGGGCCGAGGCUUUGUCUCUCUGACUGUGGAUGGGAGGAUAAUUGGGGGGGUGUUGAAUGGUUAAUAGUGCCAUUGGUGACCAUGGUAAUGAAAGGCACCGUGGCUCCCCUGCCCCUCCGCCGCCACUCAUCUCUCUCCCGCUCGCUCUCUUUUUCUGUCUGUCCUACUGUAUGAUCUAUUGUGUCUGGGGCAGGACUGUGGUCGGUGCCAGGCCAGGCCAGACAAAAAGAUCGAAGCCACUCCUGCUCCCCGCCAUAGACCUGAACAGUAAGCCGUCUCUCUGGCAUUUGGCCACAUAUUCCCCUCACCCCUGGCUCACAUUGACUGUCACGAACCCACAUUCAGCUUGUUUGUUUGUUUUCACUCGAUCUGCUUAUUAUUGUUGUGCCCUGAGGUUGGUGGGCAAAACUGCUAUUAUGUGUGACUUUCAUUAAAUGAAUCCACAAAUGUUAUUUGGGUAGCGCCCUUUUGUGAAGCUCUGCAGGUCAGCCAAGCAGAUGCUGGAAAACCAGCUUCUGAAAUUUAAUGACAUAAAUGGUAACAGUUUGCAAAAUCUGUUGCUACUAUUUCAUUUGCGUGUCCUUUUUAAUUGUACAUGUGGGAGAUAAAUGUUGUGAACAAACGUGAAAUAAAUUAGAAAUGUUUCCUUUUUCA